GGGGGGGGUGGGGGGUGGAAAUGGGGGCUUGCCUAUGGCAGCCUGGCAGGUUAAUAGGUGAGAUCUGAAACAUAGCUUCCCCAUAUCACAGUAGCUGAUGCCCAUCUGCUGUCCAAGCUGGGACAAACAUGUUCCAAGGGUGAAGGGCUGUAACUCAAUGGUCCAUGUGUCUGCUUUGCAUUCGGAUAAUCCCAGGUUCACUCCCCCAGCUGGGAGAGACCUGCCUCUCAAACCCUUGAAGACUGCUGCCAGUCAGUGUUGACGAUACUUAGUUAGAUGGACCGAUGGGCUGGCUCUGAAUAAGGCAGCUUCCUGUGUCCCUACCAGCCGGUUAUCUUCUCCCAUGCGUUAAAUGCAAAGCAUCACAUAAGGGCUGGGGUAUGCAUCCUUGCGCCCUGUUCAAUCCGCCGACUUCUCGACAGCCGCCACGGCGAGGUCUGCAUUCCAUUUCAUGCAGCAGUUGUCGCGAUGCCCUUUCCCGUCCCGUCCCCCCCCCCGUUUUAAUUAACGGAUCAGUCUCCGUUUCUCUAAUUGGAUUUUAAGUGAAAAAUUAAUUUUCCCUGCAAACCGCGUGUUUGCGCAUGGCUUUGGACAAUAAUCAGAGGCAUGCAUGCGCCUGCCACCGGCUGCGCACUGAUGCUUAACAGUCAUAGCUUGGAAAUGCUGUGCUGGUAAAACUGGAACCUGCUUUAACAGCCCCCCCCCCCAAAAUAACACACACGCUUAUCAUUACAUUGCACUCCUACCUCUGCUACCUUAAUGAAAGCAUUAACAGUUUCCAGCCGAACAAAGUAAAUGCCAACUCCUUUUGUUGCAGCCCGGAAGAAUAUACCAUUUAACAUUUAGCUUGGCCAUACCACUGGAAGAGGAUAUGAGUGUGUGUGGGUUUAUGUUGCUGGGUUUAUGUUGUAAUUCGGUCCUGAGGAGCGUUGAUGUGCUGCAUCAUUGAACCGGUGCUGUUUUCCAAAGGAGGCUCUUAAAGCCGGAUAAAACCCUGCCCUGUAUUUCACGUUGAGCUGAGCAUUAUUUUUGUAAACAAUCACCUUUGAAAGGCUUUAAUGGAAUUAGCUUCUUUAAAAAACAAAAAACACAAAUGUUGUGCAUAUGUGUGAGAGAGAAUCAGUGGAGUGUUUUGCUACUACAUUAUUAAUACUGAAAUUUAGCAGUGUUCAAAGCACUGUGCAAGUUCAGCCUCAACAAUCCUUGCAACGCACCUGCUAGGUAGGCCUUUGUGGGUUUCCUUCCUACAUGCAACUCCUUUAAUUGCACACACAUGCGGUGCUGGGAUCCGGGAAGUUUUGACCAGAAAUACCAUUACUGCCUUCCCACCCCAGAUGUACUCCUGAACACUUUGUUCUCUGCAACGGUGUAGAUUGGGGCUACCUUGCAUCCCAGGUGGCAAUGGGGUGAAUAUUUCAGCUGCCCGAGAUUUGCUUCGUAUCUGUCUUCCUGUCUUAAUUUAACUCCGGCAAAGGGAGGGGAAGGCGGGGGGGGGGGGGAAGUGGCUACAUGUUUGUAGGCAGGAAACAUUAAAUGAUUACAGUUGAUGUCAAUUUCCUCCGAAUAGCGAGGUGCCUUGGGAUUGCAGGUUAAUCAGAGGGCACGCUGAUUAGCAAAUCUUGUUAAAUCUCAUUGCCAUUUCUCUGGAUUGGAGGAAUUAAAAACAAUAAUAAUAAUAUUAACAACAACGCACCACUUUAUGCCAAUAAGUGGCACUUAGCCAUGCGCCCAAAGACUUUGGCCAUCAAUCUCGUUCGCUUGGCAACAGAUGGCCAGGAUCAGAGGGUUGCAGCAAGAGACAGAACAGAGGGCAGUACGCCUCGGUGGUUUUAACACCCAUGCAUUUGCAGACGGUGACAGGCAUAGGAUGUGUUAAAGGAACGGGGAGAGAGGACAGUAAUGAGAGAAGCCUCUGGUCUACUCAUCCAAGGAGCAGGGAUGGGAGCAGUAGGAGGCCUAGAAUUUCAAGAACGGGAUAAUGCACUGAAGCGUAAUACCUCUUUGGCUUGGCACCCCUUGCAGAAGGCAGCAGCAGUGCUCUGACUAAUGAUGUCUGGCGUGGCGGCCGCCUGGCCCUCGCCCCUGCCCGCCUUCAGGGCAGGCCUUACUGCUGUGAGCUCUCCUCCCCACCUUUCCCGAUGUCAAACGGUUGCAAGAGAAAUUGCCGGAGCAACAAAUCUCUCCUCCCUCUUGGCCCCGGGAAGGGUGCUGCUGUGGGAUGCUCAGCAAGGUUCUGCUCUGGCAUGGGCCUCACCCUGUACGUUAAAAGUACUGUGAUUCCCCCUUUAAUAAUCACGGCUUCCCCCAAAGAAUUGUGGGAAGUGUCGUUUGCAAAGGGCACUGAGAGUUAUUAAGAAACCCUGUUCCCUGCAUGGAGCUACAGUGCUCAGAGUUUCCGGAGAAGAGGAAUUGAUUGUCAAAGCACUCUGCCGGAAGAUGCACAGGCGUAACGCUCUGCAAGGCCUUUGUCUUUCAGAAGGCCUAUAGGGCAAUGAUGGAAGGCUCCUUUAUCCUAGGUAGGGAUGGAUAGUUGCCAGUUUUGGUUUGGCUCAGUUUUUCCUUUUUCCACUCUUAAGUUCACUCCUUCACAUUUCCAUGUCAGUUUUUAUUUUUUUAUUUUAAAAGAAAAAUCCUAAUGAGAAUUCAUCACCAUUUUAGUAUAAAUUUCUACUAAUGCAUAUAGUUUUUGUAUGCAGUUUUUCCCUAGCAUACACAUUUUUGCAAGGAUAUAUUUUCCUGCAAUAUAAUGCACAUUUUCACUAAUAUGCACAUUUGAGUGCAAACGUUACCCCGGUGCAUGCAUUUUCAUGCAUAUGCAUCGGCUGGUGAACUGCACUGCAAAAUUCGGAGAAGUGUGAAUUUCAACGGACUGGUGUGUUUCGGUUUGCGAAUUCUUUCCACAAGUGUCAGUAAAAUAAGUUUGCAUUUCUUUGUGUGAACUGACCCAAAUUUCUCCCCCAUCCCUGGAUCCAGUUUACCACUGGCUUGGACUUGCCUCAUUCCCUAUUGGGCAGCUUUCUAUGGUUCUGAAUAACAUUUGCUUUAAAAAAUUCAUUUCCCUCUGUUCAGAUAGAUCAAGAGGUUAUUUCAAAACAACUUACUGCAUGAUCCUAUGCAGAUUUCCUCAGAAGUAAAUUUCAGCAGGCUAUGGAUUUUUCUCCCAGAUGAAGUGUGCAUUAGCUUGGCAGCCUUAGUAUUAUUUUUUUUUUUUGAAAAAACCAUUUCAUUCAUAUUUAAGUAUACUUCUUGCAGCUCUUUGCUGCCCUCAGAAGCCCAUGUUUCACAAACGCAAACGUUGGAAUCAGAAGGCAGCACUUGAAUGGAGCUGCUUGUGACGCACAUGUCUUCUUUCACAGUCAGUUACGAACAACCUCUGCCCUUAAUAAGUUGCCUACUGAUUAUCAUUUGAGCUCCCUAAAUGUGAAUGGGCUGUGAAUAGCUGGCAAUUUUAUGUACCUGUCAGGGGGGGGGGGAAGCUUUUGGAAUACCAGAAAGUGGGAACCAUUCUUUAAAAACAACAACCACCAGCAGCCAACCUCCUUCCUUUAAACUCUUCCAUAAAAUACAUUUUUAUUCGAUCAUAUUCACCAUUGCAGAUGCCAAAAAUGCAUCCCAUUGCAGGGAUAAUGUAGGGUUUUGUAGGGAGAUUUUUUUUUAUGAUGAUGCAUUUAGUUUGGGACUUUCAAGUGCAUAAUGGAAAGAGCCACAAAGCAACGACAUCUAAAAUAAUUGAAACGGGGGUUGUCGGGUUUCUGAGUCUUAGUUUCUCUAGACAGUAGAAGUGCUAAAAUUGUUCUUGGACUGUACCACCUGACUGUGGGUGGAGGGGGGGGGGCGGCACUGUGACUGAAUGGUCCCCUGUGUAAAUCAUUUCACCACUCCUGCAAAACUGGAGCAUGAAGAAGGCUAGGCAAGAAUUCUUGCAGUGUGUGUGUGUGUGUGUCUGUGUGUGUUUAUAUGAGUGUAUUCAGUCCUGUGGCACCCCCCCCCCCAAAAGGCAAUAUGAAGUGGUAUUGUCUAGCACAAUGGCUGGCGAUGAUGCAGUUGUAAUGCAGUAACAUAUGGGGUGUCAGCGGUGGCUGAGCUUUAGGCAGUCAGUCAGUAUUUACAUCUUGAAAAGCAGAAAAGAAGUUGUUCCUUUACCUCUCCAAGCGCUGACGUUAUCUCUCUCUGGCCGUAUCCACACCAGACAUUUAAAGCAGCACCGUAGCACUUUAAAUAAACACGGCUUCCUGCAAAGAAUCCUGGGAAAUGUAGUUUGUGAAGGAUGCUGAGAGGUGUUAGGAGGCCCCUGUUCCCCGCCGAGAGCUACAGUUGCCACAGUGGUUUAGCCAUCAAUCCCCCUUCCCAAGGAACUCUGGGAACUGUAGCUCUGUGAAGGGAACAGGGCUCUCUUGACUACUCUUCAGCAUCCUUAACAAACUACGGCUCCCAGGAUUCCUAGGCUGUUAAAGUUGCAUGAGACUGCUUUAAAUGUGUAGUGUGGAUGUGGCUUCUGCCUCUCUUCCUCCCUCAAGCACAGAGUGCUGCUUUUGAAAGCUGUGUCCGCGUUGAUUAAGAAGAAAAGGUGAGGUUAAAAACACAUCCUAUAGCAGGGAGGGUGGGCCUUGCUGCGUCACGAACACUCACAUCUUCGUCAUUGUCAUCUUUUGGUUCUGCAUCAGGAGCAUCUUCUCGUCGCAGAUAGCCAACCACAUCCUCUCUUUGGGUUUCUUACUGUAGGGUUUCCUGUAUCAUUGGCUCUUGACAAGCAGAUAGUGUUCUUGUGGGGAGGGAAGGAGGAUGUGGGGGAGCUUUAUUUUGCUUCGAGACCAGUGCCGGCUUCAGGUUUUGGAAGGCCCUUCUGAACGACCCUCCGCAUGCCACCCACCCACCCUUAUAAGAUCAUAGAAAGUGUGUUUCUGGAUCAUGCCAGCAGCCCAUCUAGUCCAGUAUUCUGCUUACACAGUGGCCAAUCACAUUUCUCUGGGAAGCAUGUGCAACAUCAUUUCUCCUCACUUAGGACUGCCAGCAACCAGCAUUCAGAUGCCUAUUGCUUCAGAUAAUCACUACAUCCCUUGGCAGUGAAUUCUGUAGUUGCCUAAAGAAAUACUUGCUUUCUUCUGCCCUGAAUCUCCCAACGUUCAGUUUGUUGGAAGCCCUCAAAUUCCAGUGUUGUAAGAGAUGGAGAAAAGCUUAUACAGUGGUACCUCGGAUUACAGAUGCUUCAGGUUACAGACUCCGCUAACCCAGAAAUAGUACCUCAUGUUAAGAACUUCGCUUCAGGGUGAGAACAGAAAUCGCGCAGUGGCGGUGCGCUGGCAGGAGGCCCCAUUAGCUAAAGUGGUACCUCAGGUUAAGAACAAUUUUGGGUUAAGAACAGACCUCCAGAACGAAUCAAGUUCUUAACCCAAGGUACCACUGUAAGUCAAACUGCAUCCUGCCCAAAGAAAGGCCGGGUGGAAUAGCUCCGUCUUGCAGGCCCUUCUUGGAUGUUGGCAUCUGCCUGUCUCAGGAGACAAUGGAGGAGGGCACCUUUGGGGGUGAAUUCAAAACUGUUGGAAGGUUACAGCACCUGCUGUGGCUGUAGAGACCGAUAUGGGAGGGACAUGUUUUGUUGCAGUUGGGGCAGAUGAAGGCAUCCGGUUGUGCUGCCGCAGAUCAAACCACGUUUGCAGACAUCUUUCUAACACCUCUUGGAUAGGCCAAGCUAUUUGGGCAAACUCACUUUCCCCCUUAGGCUUUUUCAUCUGAAGCACAUUUUCUCCCUCUGGCGACUCUGUAGUUUAGCCCUCACAGAAUUACAGCUCUCAGCAACCUUUGACAAACUACAGAGCCCAGAAUUCUUUGAGGGAAAGCAUGUAUGCAAGCUUUGCCUGUGGACCCUGUGCAGAGUUUUGAUCCUGCUGCGAAAUCCAUGAGGGUGUAGCAUCCUUGAAUUUGGCGUCUUUGCACCCUCCUGUCCUCCUUUCGGACUAGGGAAUGUGACCUCAAAGAAGGAAUAUAGGAUGCUUGUCUGAUUUAUAAUCUCUUUGAUGUCAGCCUUGCUCCGGUCUGGGCAGGAACAAGGUAAUAAGUGUUAGGACUCUUCGUUCGAUAAUUGCCUUUUGGGUCGCCUUUCUUGUUGUCGAGCAUUAGCCAUCUGCUGCGGGAGACAAUAUGCAUAAUUUUUUUAUUAUUUUAUUUUGGGUGAAUGUUUAACUUUUGAUGAAUGCUCUAUUGUUCUGGGGGGCAGGCAGGAGGGCGAUGACCUACCUACCACUUGGAAGCUGUGCGAUCCGGGCACCUUUUUCUAAAGUACCGUGCUGGGUUUAUACAAAAGCAGAAGUACAAUCAUGGGACAUUCUGAUUGGGAUCACAAACGAGGACCCAGAGGAUCUCAGUCUUCGGGUACCAGUAUUACAGUUGACAUUGCAGUCAUGGGAGAGGCUCACGGACUCAUUACAGACCUCCUGGCGGAUCCUUCCUUACCACCAAAUGUCUGCACCUCCCUUCGGGCGGUGAGCAACCUGCUCAACACGCAGCUAACCUUCCAAGCCAUCCACAAACCGAGGAUCAACCCUUUGGCAUCUUUCAAUGAGAACUACACCUGCUCUGACUCAGAGGAAUGCUCAGAGAAGGGAGAAAAGCUGACUGUUCCCAAGCGCUUCCGGAAAAGUCUGCCCCCAGGUCUUUUGCGACGAGUGUCGUCCACUUGGACAACAACCACAUCUGCAACUGGUUUGCCCACUUUGGAGCCAGCUCCAGUGAGAAGAGACCGCAGUGCUAGCAUCAAACUUCAUGAUACUUCAUCAUCCGGCUCCGAUGCUUGGAACAAUUCCCACCUGAUGAACCUCACCAAAAGCAGGUCGUUCUCCGCCUCCUAUGCAAUGUCUGCUGCAAACCAUCUGAAUUCCAAGCGGCCAAGUCGGCAAGGUAUCCCGCCAAAUAUUUCGCCUCUUACCUCCCCAAGCCAUUCGCCCAUCCACGGCACUCCAGCCAGCAGCCCCACCAGCAAGACCUCCAGCGAACAAUUCCCCGAGUCGACGGUCACUGCCACUAAGCAAACGCUGAAGCCCCAUAGGGUCUUGGGUUGCACCCAGAGCGCCCCUAACCUUUCGGAGCCUGUCGUGGCCACGCCUGUCAUUUGCAGCAGCUGUGGCAGACCGUAUAACCCAGCAGACCCCGGCGAAGCAUCUCUGAGCAGACGGGAAGGCGGAACGCACACCCUGAACAGAACAGAGGACCCAGCGCAAGCCACCUCUGACUACGAAACAAACAACAGCGACAGCAGCGACAUCUUGCAGAAUGACGACGAGACGGAGUGCUCCAAGGAACGGGAGCGCGUGGGGUCCAUCUGCAGGGCGUACGCGCCAGAAACCAUCAUACUGCAUACUCUGUUGCCGCCUGAGGACAAGCCUAUUCUUGCCCCAGAGCCUCUAAUAAUGGACAAUUUGGACCCUCUUAUGGAGCAACUAAACAAUUGGAAUUUCCCAAUCUUCGAUUUGGUAGAGAAGAUAGGGAAGAAAUGUGGUCGGAUCCUCAGUCAGGUGUCCUACAGGCUCUUUGAAGAUAUGGGGCUAUUUGAAACCUUUAAAAUUCCCAUGAGAGAGUUUAUGAACUACUUCCAUGCUUUGGAGUGUGGAUACCGAGAGAUACCUUAUCACAACAGGAUCCAUGCCACUGAUGUUCUCCACGCUGUUUGGUACCUUUCAACGCAGCCUAUACCAGGACUCUCAACUGUGAUUAAUGACCAUGGGUCAGCAAGCGAUUCAGAUUCUGAUAGCGGGAUCACUCACGGCCACUUGGGCUACGUCUUGUCGAAAACAUACGCACCAACAGACGAUGGCCAUGGAUGCUUGGCGGGCAACAUCCCUGCCCUCGAACUGAUGGCUCUUUAUGUAGCUGCUGCCAUGCACGAUUACGAUCACCCGGGGAGGACCAAUGCCUUCUUGGUUGCCACCAGCGCUCCUCAGGCUGUUCUGUAUAAUGACCGUUCUGUUUUGGAAAACCACCAUGCAGCGGCUGCGUGGAACCUCUUCAUGUCCAGGCCAGAAUAUAACUUCCUAGUCAACCUCGACCAUGUGGAGUUCAAGCACUUUCGGUUCCUUGUCAUUGAGGCAAUCUUGGCCACUGAUCUGAAGAAGCACUUUGACUUCGUAGCAAAGUUCAAUGCCAAGGUCAAUGAUGACGUUGGCAUUGAUUGGACGAACGAGAACGACCGCUUGCUGGUUUGCCAGAUGUGCAUCAAGCUGGCUGACAUCAACGGGCCCGCAAAGUGCAAAGAAUUGCAUCUGCAGUGGACGGAGGGCAUUGUCAACGAAUUUUACGAACAGGGUGACGAGGAAGCCAGCUUAGGCCUCCCCAUCAGCCCUUUCAUGGAUCGUGCCGCUCCGCAGCUGGCAAACCUCCAGGAAUCCUUCAUCUCUCACAUUGUGGGACCGCUGUGCAAUUCCUAUGACUCAGCAGGGCUGAUGCCAGGGAAGUGGGUCGAAGAUAACGAUGAGUCAGGCGAUACUGAUGAACAGGAGGAGGAAGAUGCGGCAGACAUGGACACCUAUGAAAACCCCGAGUCAAGGAAAAAGAGGAGGAAAAUCUACUGCCAAAUCACUCAGCACCUACUUGAGAACCAUCAGAUGUGGAAGAAAGUCGUUGCGGAGGAGGAACGGAAAGCUGGGGCAGAAAAGCAACCCUCCGAAGAGAUUGAGGCUAUAAAAGAGGAGGAGGAAGAAAAAGGGAAGCCCAGAGGGGAAGAGGAAAGCAAAGCGCCCGAGACAAACCAAUGACAAGGAUAGGAUGCUGAGCAGUAUUUCGAGACAAAGAUGACUUGCGCACCUGUUCCUUUUUACAAGCCAGCACAACACUUAGACACAACACUGUAGAAAAACGGGGAUGAUGCACCUACAGCUGUUUAAGUUGUUUCUCUUUACCUUUAGACUCCUCCACUCAAAGAAGCUUUCACACUGCAACACCAACUUUUACAGACUUUCGUAUGGGAUGGGAAUAUUAGCUUGGGUUUAUCAGCUUCAUUUGUUUUGUUUUCGUUUUUUUAAUGAUGGCAUAUUAUGGUAACUGUGAUAAUGAAAGAGGAAAGGAGGAGGAGUGAUUUAUGCUCGCAGUGAAGGGAGUGGCAGUUGCCCUUGUUCUUUUGUCUCCAUGAUAUGGCGCCAGUGAUCUUAUCCGUGAAAUAUUGGUUCUGUUCUGCCAGUAUAGAUAUACAUGUGGGGGCGGUACGCAUAGCAUCCCUGAACAAAUGGAUGUGAGGCUGGCUGUGGCACUAGAGUGUGUUAUCUCAGCACAUGGGCAUAAGGAUCCGACCCCAGAAUGCCACGAAAGUGGCAACUGCAUGGGGUGUAAAUUUUGUCUGCAAAUGUGACCCCCUUUUCUUUCUCAGCCUCGGGAAGCCUGUGUUAGAAGCACUCUGUCUUUCUUCUUCUUCCGCACAACUCAGAAUAAUUCAGGCAGGCAUAACAUAACCCAGGGGCACCUUUGGGCUCUGCAAAGCAAGGGCAGCCAAUGGCUGGAGCAAUCUUUUCUGCAGCUGGCUGGUUGCUCGUUUCCUAAAAGGGGGAUCCAUUGGCAAGUUAACACUAGCUGUAUUCACACCUGCAGACUGUACAAGUUUACACUGGAUCACACGUACGCUUUGUACACGUUGCAAGCAACCGACACCAGUUGCCUGCAGAAGGGAAUGCACAACCAACCACUGGCGCUCAUCCGUCAUGUCCAAAGGUAUUCCCAGUCUCGUGAAUCAGAAAGCGCUGGGGAGAGAUAUUUGCAUGGCACUCUUCAAUGCCUCCUUUGAUAAUAAUCACAUGAUUUCAGGGGUCUUGUGGACUUAUGAAAGAAGAGGCGUAUUGGCUCAUUCUCAGUUUAUUGUCAAGUCAGGACCGGAGAUGCUUGGUCACGUCUGAUUGUGAUAUUUUCAGUUAAUACUGGAAUUUGCGAGGAGGGUCAUCAAACUUGGUCCUCUGCAACAGCAGCUUUCAGGUUGUCUGUUUUGGGGGGAAUGUGUUCGGCAUUGAUUAGUUUGCUGCAAAUCUUGUGUAUAUCGUUGGUAGUGAGAAGCAAGCUGUAUUUUGGGGGGGAGUUAUUCUACCAUUACGGAUCUUCCCAUAAAGCAGUGGAGGGGAACUUGUGGCCUUCCAGAUGUUCUUGGACUCCAGUUGCCAUCAACGCCAGCCAGAGUAACCAGUGGUCAAGGACGAUGGGCAUUGUAAUCUUUCAACAUAUGGAGGGACAUCGGUCCCCUUCCUAGAAAAAGCCAUGGCAGAUUUCCAAAGAGCCCCAGAGUUCUCUGAAACACAGUUUGGGAAACUACUGGCGGGUUUAACUCUUGGCAGAAGCGCCUGUGGAAAGCAUCUGUGCAAAAGUGGGGGGGGGACUUUUGAGGGUGGGGUUAUCUUUAUGCUCCUCUUUCAGGACAGGGAUUAACCUUGCUUCUGCUUUUCGGUGAAGGUUGUUUCCCAUGUAGCCUUUGACGUCCGCUGGAAAAAUCCUAUGUAGAAUCAGUUAUAAUUUAACUUUUCCUAUAAAAGUAUGCUUGCAGGGCUACAAUAAUCUGGCAAAUGCAUGUAUUAGGUUUCAAGGCCCUCUCAAAAUACCUUUAAGGAGGCAUUGUGAUUGGGUGGGUGGGGAGGGUGCAGAACAGGUGUGGAGAACCUUUGGCCCUCCAGAUGUUUCAGACCCACACCUCCCAAUAACCAAGCUUGCUGCGGCUGAUGGGAGUCGCCGUUCAGAAACAGCUGGAGGACUGACAGUUCCUCACACCUGGUGUAGAAAAUGAUAUGAAUUUAGGGACUGAAUGCACAUUGUCAGUGUUUAUUUUUCCCCCUGUUCUCACAGCCCCUAAUGUCGGUCAUGUGGGGUUUUAUUUUUAAAAGGAGGCUUCACUCUCAGUCUUUAAAAGCAGCAGGAUGAGAGAUGUGGAAUCACCCAGAAUCUUUGAAGUCAAAGGACCUUUGCAGUGCUUAAACUGAAGAGCACAGAGGCCUACCCUUUGUGUGUGAGAGAGAGCAGCCACUGGAAGUGAGGUCAAAGCAUGUCACUCUGCAGCAAGGAAUUAAUUGGUAUUUAAUAGCUUGCUUAGAUCCUCCUUGAUCCAACAGAAGGAUUUAUUUAUUUUUACUUUGGAAUUCAGUUUUGCUGUUUUGAAAAGCAAACAGAAGAUCAGGUCUUCAGCAAUAUGUUUUCUUUGGUCGCUUAACUGAUUAUUAUUUUUUAAUCUCCUUGUCCAUGAUUUGCUUAUCUAUAUGUAAAUAUGGAAAUGCCUUUUGGGUCUUGUAGAUAAUAAGGGGGAAGAAGGGUGGGGCAUUUUUGUAAAGAUAAUUUAAGAGGGGGAAAACCUAUUUUUUAAAAAAUAAAAUGUAGCCAUUUGCUUGUUCGACAAAUAAGAUCUUGCAUAAUUGGUAGUUAGACUUCAGCAUCAAUCCUCAGAGGCAGCUUUUACCAAGGAUAACUGAGUUUCAGUAUCAAGAGUCUAGCCAUUGAUCACUGCCCAGCUUGAGUUUCAGUAGUACGAUAUGUGGAGAGGGAUCUACUUGCAUAACUUAAGGUGUGCUCCGAAAUUGUGCCAAAGUUAGUGUGCCAUUCCUGAGACUAAUACCUUAGUUAUUGUGCAUGAUGCUCCAAAGAUGUUUAUUUACCUGCCUUCUUUUCCCAUUCUUGCUUCUCAGUGGCCUCCAGGUACCACAUCCUGCAGGAUUACGAGCAUCAGCUACCAUGUGCAAGUUAAACAUUUUCCAGGGAAACAAAUCUUCAGCAUCAGAGUCUAGUCGUUUAUUGUCCUUGGCUUCCUUGUGCUAGGAAAAAGGCAAAGGCAAAGGAGAGGGAACUUGAUUAGGGGGCUGUUGUCUCUCACACUGUUUAGGCCACAUCCUCACCAAAUUUAUAGCAUGGUUAUAUUGCUUUAACUGUCACAGCUUUGCCCAUGGAAUCCUGGGAACUUUAGUUUGUUAAGGGUGCUGAGAAUCAUUGGGGAAAACCAGUUCCCCCUCACAGAGCUACAGUUGCCAGAGAAGAGGAAUUGAUUGUUGAACCACUUGGGGAAUUGUAGCUCUGUGAAGGGGAAUAUGGACCUCCUACCAGCACCCAUAACAAACUUCAGUUCCCAGAAAUCUUUGGAGGAUACCAUUGCUGUUUAAUAAAAUAGUAUAACAGUGCUUUAAGUGAAUGGGUGCAGAUGUGGCCUUGGUAAUGUCCUGCAAGUGGCAAGAGUAGACCAAAAAAUAGAGAUUGAGGUGAAUCACAGAAAUGACCAUCUCUACACACACACACACACUCACUCACUCACCGUUUUUCCUCCCAUGGUUGUCCCCAAAUGUAAAAGAUAGAUGUCAAACACACAUGUUGUAUAAAUGCACUUGUCAAAGAACUGGGAUUCGUUCAGUCAGGUCUGGCGCAAGACAUCUCAAUUCCUGAGGCAAAUGGCAAGAUGGUGCCCUCCCUCGAUUCCAUAGGCAGAAUCCAACUCAGCUGGUAGUUCGAUCUUUCUUAGGCGCCACCUGGUGGCAUCCUCCACCAAAACUCAGGUCAGCUGGAUAGUUUAGCAGGUACAGCUCUGUUCUCCAAUAGCUUGCCACCACUCCUCAUCUCUUCCCCCCUCCCACUGCCUCACUUUACCUCACAGUAAGGCUGGCCUCGAUGAGUGCCAGCUGAGUGCGCCCUUAACGUCCGGGUUUGUCGAUGUGUGAUGUGUGAAAUUACCCUUGUUUCAAAACUUCAGAAUCCCAGGCCUGUGGUAUAUAUGCCAGUGUGAUGUAGUGAACACAGGAUCAGCCCUUUCUGUGAUUUUUCUCAGUGCUUUUCCUUGUCCCUGUUUGGUUAAUCUUCGUUGAUGGCCUCUUCACCCUUCAAGCCUGAAUCUGGCUGUAUUUUCAGCUAGCUUGGCGCUUUUGUGGGAGAGGUCGUUUCUCUGCCUGCUUCGUGUCUUCUUGUUCCCACAAUUCCUGCAUUCAACGAAGCCCCUCUUCCUUUUCAGGAGUGCUUGCAUUCUCAUAUUAGCCUGACUUUUUCCAGCCUCCUCUAGUUCUUUUCAUACAACUCAAAAUCACCAGGAAGUCUCUGGCUUACGCACCCAAAAGUUUUUGCACAGCACCCUUCCACCACCCUAUCUGUAAUUCGAGAACCAGAUUUCUGGGAAACCCACAAGGCUCCUUUGGAGAGGAACUCCAAAGUCCCUUCAUCCACAGCCCCUCUGGCUUGGUGGAAGAGAGUUGGGGAGGGUGAUCAUUCUGUACUAAAAUGCAAGGGUUGCUCUGAGCUGCUGAUAUUUUACAAAAAUAAAUAAAAUGUUAACCUCACCAAGCAUGGGCUAAACGAAAUGCUUGUGGCCAAAGGAAUAUUCCUCUUCGCAGUUUUCUCUGAAGCACAAUCAAUGACUGCAAUCCAAACUCAUAUCCCAGCAAAUUAACCAAAAUCCCAGUUUCUGGGUGUGUGCAUUUUUUUGUGGGGAGAGCUGUGUGUUUUGCAUAACCUUUCUGCGUAUCGUGCCCAAACACAUUUCUCAUGGUGUCCAGAAGCACUUGAAUCUAUUUUGGUAAACUCACUGGGCCUUUCUUCAUCAGCAUGAUUUCUUUUGCAAUAGAUGCACAGGUCAACAGUUCGCAUCGCUUGCAACCCUGAAAUCACAGCUCACAGCUGUCUGUAGCUUCACAGUAAUUGUUUUAAUGGAGAGACAUUCCAAACUCCAGGCCCCUGCCUGCUCCUAAAAACUAGCUCUGCUGGAAAACUCCUGGGAAUCCUUAGGUGAGCAAGAAAGAGAAUAUUUGAAAGGAGGGAGUAACUUUGGAAGCAGGGUAAAAUCAGAGAUUGUCUUUUGCCAGUGGUGGUCAUUAGAAAUAGAUCUGCUUUUGUUUCCAAUGUCCUGUUGGUUUCUGUAGUGUUGGUGUGGCUGUUUCUAACUUAACUCGACAAGCCUUUCUUGCGAGUGCAGUAGCUAACCUAACCUCCGUAUAAGCCUAAAGAGUUCCUGAGUGAUCAGGAUCAGGAAUGAAGAGCAUUUUUCAACCCAAACUGAUGAGAAGAACGCAACAGUGAUGAAGGCAAAAAUAGGCAUAGUUAUAUAAUAAGAUCCCUGCAGGAUCAGGUUCAGAGACCAACCAGUAGUAGCCAUUGAUAGCCUCGCCCGCCCCUAAAUUUAUAUCACAGUAGCUGAGUGGGGAUUUGAACCCUGGUCUCAGUCCCAAACCCUUAACUGCUACACCACACAUAAAGUGUCAUGGCGUGGCAUGGUUGCAGCUCCCACACAGCCCGGAUUUUUUUGUUCCUUGGUUUGGCGGAUUGCUCUUAAAGUAUCCAUUUCAGGAUAAGGACUAAUCCCUUGGAAAAUAUUGUUAUGACACACUUACGGGAUUUUUGGUUUCGGUUUUGUUUGUCUGAAUAUAAGUGGCUUUAUCAAAUGCCAACUAAGUUUUGCCCUUCAUUGACAAUGCUCCAGUGGAGAGAUUCCGUAUAUGGUGUCGCUAAGAAUUGGACACCAAAGAGCUGUGCCAUUUUCUGGCUUCUUGAAAACUUGGGUGUCCCCCAGCUGGCAAGCACUCAGAUGGUUUAACAGGCAACACGGGAAGAGAUCAUGUAAUUCCAGGGCAGUGAAUGGGUGUCAAAAUCAUUCCCGCCUCACUCAAACUCUUAGGUCUGCCUUUGAAACUCUCAGCCAAGAUCCAAAUCUGCACUAUGCACUGAAUUUGGGACUGGCUUAGUUACAAAUUAGGAAGUAAGCCCUUCAAGACAGUCUAAAAAUCCAGCAUGCUUUGUUUAGGUCACUAAAGAUGCAGUGGACAUUGUUACAGGAUAAUUUGGACUGAGAUGGAAGGAACCAUCCAGGCAAUGAAACUCUUGUUACAGGAAAUGCUAAUGCUGGGUUCAUACCAUCAUGCAUGUCGAUGGAAGUUAUGAACAGCAGAGUGAUCAGGCAGGUGCUAGGGAGCAGUGAUCACAGCAUUCUGGCUGUUCCUCGUAAGCCUCCCCAAUCUGCUCCCCUCUGAGGAGGACAGGCCAAACGGCCUGUUCUGGACCCCCUCUGCUAAUUUACAGUACUCUAGUGCCUCGAGUAUGGUGGCUGGCAUCCUCUGACCAGCAUCGAAGCAAUAUUCGUCUGCCAGUCCAGUCAGCUUCUGAAAGUGGAAUGGAGAGCAGGGUGCCAUCUUGACCUUCACCUCAAACAGUAAAAUGUCUUGAAAAGUAAAUUGAAACAAAUGGAGAAGUCCUUGCAGGCGAGUUCCAUACACACCUUGGAGCUCCUCCAGCACCUGCAAUCAGAUUAUAAUUGGAUUAGAGCAACUGAGUGCCAAGCAUUUGCAUUAUCUGAACCUCUGGUUAACCAGACCCAGUGGCUCAAAUGUCGUUAUUCCUGAUAUCGCCUGAUCCUAUUUUACUGGAUAGUCCUAUUAAGAGAGGUAGGGUUGCCAGACUCAAUAGAGGACAGGACGUCUGUGCCUUUAAUUGCCCUGCUCUCUUUUGAGUCUGGAAACCUUGAAAAGAAACCAACAGACCCUUUGUUUAAUUUCCAAGCAAAGGGUCUGCUGGUUUCUCUUUAAGGUUUCCAGACUCAAAAGAGAGCAGGGCAAUUAAAGGCACAGAAGUCCUGUCCUCUAUUGAGUCUGGCAACCAUAAAGAGAGGAGGCGGUGUGUGGAAGGCCAAAGUUCCUGCCUACCCACAGAAGGGAUCUGCUAGACCUCAUAUCUCUGGCAACUGGAAGACCCAGAUGCUACUCCUCCUCAGGGGGUCAGCUUUGGCCCACAGGCUCCUCAACUGCCAAUUCCUGGCCCACCAUUUUUUCCCCAGGCAUGCCUUUUCAUAUGUGUGAUCCCAUUUGCCUGCACUAGUUUUGGUGUGUGGCAUCCACACCAGGUGAUGCUUAACCGUUUGUUUCCCAGAUGCAAGCACAUAGCCUCACAUCAUUUGCAUAAUCACACAUCCUCACGUUUGAAAUACGUUCUGCAACUAUGUCCAGCUUCGAUACGACUAAUCCUUUGAGGUUAAAAAUGGUGCCCCAGGCAACCCUUUGAAAGAUGAUUAUGUAAUUGACUGUCACAAGACUUGAAGCAGAUUCCUUUGUUAGUGCAAAAUUCACAUUGGAACAAAUGGGUGUGUACACACUCUCUUUCCUGUAAAGCAUUGCACGCCCAAUUUUCCCCCCAGCGAAUCAUUUUGCUUCCGAACACUCAAGGCAUGGAGCGCCUCUCUAAGGUGUAUCUGUUGAUGACACGGGCUAUGUUUUCGAAUCAAGCUGAGCUUUCGGCAGAUCGUGGCGGUCCUUGUUUAUUACAUGUUAAAGAAUGCAUUCUCAAUGUUCCAUUAGAUGGGUUUACACUUUUCUUUUUUAAAAGAGUCCAUUUGCAGAGUUUACGGGCGCUAAAAUCUUGCAGGUUUUCCUCUAAAGCAAUAUCUUAAGCUAUCCGCUUUUUUAAAAAAAGAAAAAGAAGAAAUCUACGAAAACGUAAGGGCAUGAUCCAGCCGCAGUUCAGCACUUCCAAUGCUUGAUAUUGAAGGUAGUGGCCACCCUCACUCUCUGCCUCUCCUGCAUGCCAUCAAAGCCUGGUUGCUAUUUCUCUCAGAAACUCUUAUUUCAUAAGGUCUUGGAGCAUGUGAAUGAAGCUCAGGGGUAGCGAAGGUGCCAGAUGUGUCAUUUCAGCCCUCUCUGUCCAGCACCCCAUGCCAUGCCCCUCUCUGGUCCUGAUUCCCCCCCCCCUUGAGAGUUUCUGCCAAGUGGGAAUGUCUCCUUGACCUCUGACUGUGCCUCUUCCAUACCUGCACAACGGUAAAAUUUGCAUGCGCUGCUCCUCCCACUCUUCUCUCUGGCUCCGCCCACUGCCGGCAUGCGACACACAGCGUUCCUCCUUGAGGCUGCAAUUCUAUGCAGAUGAACCUGGGAGCCAGUCCUGUUGAGAUCAGUGAGUGGGACUGGGCUGCAGAUUUCUCAUUGAAAUUAGGACUAAGUGCCUCACUUUUGGCUGACUCGUGCCCGAAGAGAACUGCCAACCAAAAUAGGAAGCUGGGGGACGGGGACGGGACGUGUCAUCAGUAUUGGUCCAUUUUAAACACGGUGUUCUUUUCACUAAGUACUACAUUCAUUAAUUUAUAUUUAUAUAUUGUCAAUAUUGUUGUAAUAACCAAGCCUCCUCUUUUUGUUUUGAACACUUCAAGAACAAGGCCUUGUAUUUUUUUUGUGUGAGUGCGAUUUUCUUUUCUUCUCUUUUUUUUUUAAAAAAAAGAUGAUGCUCUUUCACGGACCGACGGAAAUCUUUUUUCUCCUUUCACUGAUAACCUUGCACUUAAGACAUGUAGCAAUACUUAAUAUAUUCCCUUCACAAGUAUUUGUUAAGUGAUUUUUAGUUAAUGGCUGAUAAAUGUUUUUGUACAAAAUAGAUUCUGUACAGGGAUUUAAACAAACAACAAAAAAACAAAGAGAGAAAUCUUUUAGAUAAACAUUAUUUAUUUUUACUGUUUUUUGUAAGUUAGACACUAUAAUGAUGCUCCUCUUUUUUGCCAGAAUUACUGGAAGUGCCUCUUGGUAUAAAUGUAUAAUAGUAAAUAUGUAUUCAGAAUUAUUAGAGAUAAACCUGUCACACAAAAAAAUGAACAAUGUGGAUGUUGCAAUGUGAAGAAAACAAAUAUAAUUCUGUGGUAUCA